GACUGCCAGCUGCACCAAGGCUAAACGCAGCGCUGGAAGUAUUGCAGAUAAACAAAAAGGUCUUCGUUUCCUUCGCAUUAAUUUUGAUAAAUGCGUCGUCAUAGACGAGUCAUCAUAGAGGGCUCGUACGAGCUCUCAUCAAGUAUCGAUACUCGUUUCGAGACUUGCGAUACAGGCAGUCAGUUACAUGACUAUAGUGAAUAGCGCAGUAUAUUCGAAAAGUUGUAUUUCUCGCAGUUUCGGCUCGUUCAAAGGCCUCGAAAGAGUUUGGUGUAUUAUCAUCGAGAAUAUCGAAAGUUUUAUCGUUACGUCGAAAUAUCGCCAGACAGUCGCCGAUGAUAAACAUCUCGCAUAGUAAUCGCGGAGAGUGCCUAAUGAAGUUAUGCGCGUAAUGAUGUGUAGUAAUUUUGACUACCUCAAUCGUUGCGAUCUUCAGACACGUACAGAAUGGAUCGCAACGCCGCAAUUGAGAUACGUAAGUCGUUCCAUAUUAUUCACGAUGUUCGCUCGACGUGGGUAAAUCUCAUGCGUCAGUUAUUACUUCCGGUAUCACCAAAAGUUUCGCGCGUGUGUAAUAAUAGAACAUCAUGGAACAGCCGCCGAGCGUAAAUAUUUCGCGGAAACGUCUUGUCGGAAUUGCCGAGCAAAGUAUCGCGUAUACGUAAUAAUGGCGACUCGGAAUAUUUUUAUGCUUUCGAUCGACCGGAAAGAUCUCAUGCACGAAUUAUCGAAAGCGUUUGUUAUAAAAACAUUAUCGGAAAAAUCGCGAAAUGGUCGUCAGGAAAAUUAUGUUCGUAUAAUGGUCAUCAGAAGAAGUCUACUCUGCAAAUUCUCAUUGGAAAUGCCGAACGUGGAUGGAAAUUCAAGUCGCUGCAUUCUAGGCUAUAGAAGAAUCGAGGGGUGAGCAUGUUUCAGUUGCGACAACUGAACGGUAUGCAGAUACGGAGCCGGGGUAAGCCGGUAGCCCGUGGGCUACCUGCGCGGUAGUAAUCAUAGUCACUCCGAACAGUCAACGACACUCGUGAGACCCGCAGGCGGAUAGCAGAUAAAUCACGAUAAUGCGCUUGUCAAUCAUGUAUCGAUUGAUCUUUCUACUGGCUGGAGCCAACGCGGCCGGCAUCGGCGAGGCUUGGCAGGUAACGCCGCACGCAAAGUCCGUCUAUACUGAUCAUCCGUUUCGGCCACGACUGGACUCUUCAGCAUUCGAGGUUCGUACUGUGAGCGGAGUAGGUCGUCUGGCUCCUCUCGACGAAUCGGCAAACGCUCAUAGACAACGUCCGGAAUUUACCACACCGAGUUCCAUAGAACCGAGCGCUCUUCCGGAUGCCGAGCAGGCAUCUCGAGAGAACAGAAACUUGAAGCAUUUACGGGAGAGUUUGGAGAGUUCAUCGUUCAAUGACGACGACGACGACGACGACGAUGAGAUUGAAAAGAAAGACGAGGCUGAGGAUGACUUCGUCCCCAUUCAAAAGUUAUUCAAAACGAGACUCAUGAUGAGACUACUGAAUUUAGAUAAGAAAGAUGACAACGACGACGACGAUGAAGAGUCUCCAAGGGAGAGGAGAGGACUCGUACAGCGGGUUCGUCGACAAGCGGAGAACGAGACGAGCAUGGAGAAGAUCUCGACGACUAAAAGCGUGCGCGAAGCCCGCAUGAAUUUUCCCGAAACAUGGUCGACCUCGGUGCAACCGAUUUCAGUGGAGUUCCGUCAUCGUAUCCCUUUGGAUCAAGUGAUUCAACAGCAGCAACAGCAAGAAGAGGAAGAGACAGCUCUGUCCAGCAGUUACCGGAGACACCAGGCACCCCAUGCGGAUUUCGUGACGAGCCACUAUCGGCGAAGCUACCCGGAAAGCCGCGAGUCCAGGGACAUGCCGAUCACCAGGAACUACCACGACGACUAUGAGACCUCGUGGUAUAGGAACGCGAUACGUGAGAGAGACUACGAUUUCCCGUCGUACCGUCGCGGAUAUAGCAGCUAUCAGUAUCCCGAUCGUUACAGGACGGAGAGGGACUACUACAUGCGUCCAUCAAGCGACCCGUACUACGAUCGUUACGAUCGUUACAGGGAGGACAACCUUGACCUUUACGGCAGGAGUCGACCUACGCCUAAGCCCAGACGAAUCAUCUACUACGCCACCUUGCCGGAGAUCGUGAGGAAACCGGUAGAUCUGAGAAAUUACCCGCGAGCUCCCUACGACGCGGCGAACAACGUCAGGUCAACAGUCACGCGAGACAACACCUACAAGCGUGUGCCAGGUAACGUCGAUCCUAGCAGGUAUCGAUACCGAAACGUGUACGACGCCUAUGAUCCGUACACGAAGAGAUCGAGCUACUACGAGCGUCCCUAUGGGUAUUCCGACCCGAGCGACUCGCGGCAUGUCAAGGUCUCGACGAAAGAGAACCUCCGGAACGACGGAUUCAGUGCGACUAAUGAGCGCAAGGUGAGCAAUCUUAUCACGAUUCGUGACGACGACGGCAAACUGCCGUGGCCGGUGCAGAUCGGCACAGAGGUAAAUAUCAAGGAGGACGAGAGGAUCCCCGGGAGGAAGAUCUUCGGCGAGAGCGUCGGCAACUACGAAAGAUUUCAGAGCGCGCAAUUGCAAAAGGCACCAGACGCCACGGGUUCCAGCGAACUCCAGAACGACAAUUAAUUAAUUAGUCGAAUGCCACGUGAUCGAAAACUACUUCGGCACUAAGAUUACGUGAACAUGGGCGUAUGAUAUGCAAAACUAUAUGACGUGAAAGAGACUAGAUAUGCGUACAACUAGAAUAAAUAUAAAUAAAAACAUAUGUAAUAGACGCCUUUAUACGAUAUGCAGGGUAUCACAGGCUUAAGAAUACAUCUUUUGCUUGAAUUCUUCAACUCGAGGACGAUUUUUUUUUAAUCCAUGUAUAAUAUAAAUUGUGAAGAUUUAUAUCUUUUCAACAAUGAUAAUCUGUUACAGAUUAUCAUUGUUGCAAUUAUUCGGUUCCAUAUACACAGACACAGAGUUGUUGAAUAAUAAAGGAUAAAGAAAAUUACAGAGAACUGGGAGUCAAUUAAUUAUUGAUUGACUGUCAUUAUGUAAGUGAAAAAUACAAUCCACUACGUAAUCGAUUACCUAUAAUAUAAGGGUGAGGAUAUAAGUAUCAACUUCCUCUAAAAUUUUUCAAUUCUCGAUGAUUGAAAAUGAUUAAUAUGUUUUAUUUAUUUAAUUAUUUAAAGGGUGGCAAUGGGAGAGGUUAUGGUUAAAUAAAUGGUGUUCGGUUUUUCGGUUCAGGUAUUCGGUUGGUUUAUGGGUAUUUUUUAUAGUUAAUAUCAAAUCACUAUUGCUGAAAUAGGAUAUAUGUGGAAACGAUAGUUAAUUUAUUCAUCCAUACUUUUAUGAACUUGUUUUAGUAACAUACAGAAUGUUUGCAAUAUGAAAUUGGAGGAUAUUUCUUUUUUAUUAU